CUCGGAGCGGCGCCUACUCCACCUCAUCUCGCCUCCAGCGGCGACCUUCUUCCCCGCCCCAACCAUCCACGCCCCGCUCUACCCCGGCAACAGCACACCCAGCGCCGAGCAGACCUUCCAGCACCGCAUCCGUCCUGCCACUCGCCUCGCACUCGCCUGCCAUGGCUCCAGUCGCCACGACGUCGGCGGCGGCCUCCUCGCGCGCCCAGACGGAGGAGGAGGAGGCCGAUCCCGAGCUCCUCCGCGUCGCCAAGCAGCUCGACGGCGAUGAAGACGACGACGAAGACGACAACAACGACCACGACGGCGAUGCAGCUGAUGCUGACGAUGCGGCCGCCCCUGCCACGGCGGCUCAGGUCGAGCCAAAGAAGCGCGGGCGCGGCCGUCCGCCCAAGGUGCAGCAGCCGCAAGAGGAGGAGGAUCCGGCAGAGACCGCCGCUCGCCUCAAGAAGCUCAAGUACCUGCUCAAGAAGUCGGGCGUGUACGCCAAGAUCAUGCAGGAGAAGAUGGACCGCGAGGCGGAGAAGCGGCGCACGACAGACGCCAAGGCGGAAGCGGCAGGCAAGCGCGCUGCAGUGAGCACGGAAGCCGACGCUGAGCCGGCACGGCCCGUCGCCGGGCGGUCUACGCGAGCGGGAGAGGCGGGCGAGAAGCCAGAGGCCAGCACUGCAGCGCGCCGACAGCGCGCGCCAGACAAGCGCAAGCGAGGCACUGCAGAGUACGCGAUCACCGACCUCAUUGGCGAGGAGGAUCUGCAAGCGGCUGGCGAAGAGGAUGGCCCGGCCCAGAAGAAGGCGAAGGGCGCGGACGGCGAGGCUGCGCCGGUCCAGAAGGGCGAGGCAUUCGAGCGCGACGAGCGCCAGCCCGAGCUGGUCACGGGCGCCAUCAUGCGCAGCUACCAGAUCAGCGGCCUGGAGUGGCUCGUCAGUCUCUACGAGAACGGCCUGAACGGCAUCCUCGCCGACGAGAUGGGCCUCGGCAAGACGCUGCAGACGAUCUCGUUCUUUGCCUAUCUGAAGAAGCGCAACGUCUGGGGCCCGUUCCUCGUCGUCGGGCCCAAGAGCACGGUCCGCAACUGGCGGCGCGAGUUUCAGAAGUUCACGCCCACGAUUCCCGUGCUUGAGUACAUGGGCAGUGUGAAUGAGCGGCGCCAGCUGCGCGAGAAACACCUCCGCACGCCGCAGGUUGCGAGUGAGCGCCACGCAUUUCCGAUCGUCCUGACCUCCUUCCAAACGGUCGUCUCGGACCGGAAAUUCCUGGACAAGCACAAGUGGAAAUUCAUCGUGGUCGACGAGGGGCAGCGGCUCAAGAACAUGAACUGCAUCCUCAUCAACGAAUUGAAGAAGUUCAACUCGGCGAACCGCUUGAUCCUCAGCGGCACGCCGCUGCAGAACAACCUCAAGGAGCUCUGGUCGCUGCUCAAUUUCAUCCUGCCCGACAUCUUCGACGACCUGGCUACCUUCGAGCAGUGGUUCAACUUCGACGCCGUGCGCGAGGAGGGCGGCUCGAGCAGCAUCCUGAACUCGGCGUCGAAGCAAGACCUCAUCAAACAGCUGCACGAGAUUCUCAAGCCCUUCCUGCUGCGCCGCAUGAAAGUCGACGUGGAGAAUCUGCCGCCGAAGAAAGAGUACCUGCUGUAUGCGCCGCUGAGUCAGAUGCAGAAGGAGAUGUACGACUCCUUCGUCGACAAGAGCUUCCGCCGCCGCCUUCUCGAGCUUCACACGGGCCUGUCGUUCGACGAGAUGGCGGCGGUGGACGACGACAUCGUUCGCUGGGCCGACGAUCGUGCAAACAAGGGAGGCAAGGUGGCGAAGCCGACCGUGCAGGACUCGGUAGACGACAGCUUGUCUGUCUCUGAGCGCUCUCGGAACCGCGUGCGCCAGGCCAAGAAGAACGUCAGUUACGGCGACGAGACGGAGUCUGAGUUUACGCGGCGCAUGGAGGAGGGCGGCCACAGUCCCGGCGCCGAGGACGUCUUGCGACCACGAUCAGCUGCCGAGCUGAAGCUCGAGGCGCGCAAGGCGUUGAUCCGUCAGGGUCAAAAGCGGGUCGACCAGGGCAAGUACUCGAAUCUCACGAUGGCGCUUCGCCGGACGUGCUGCCACCCGUAUCUGUUCCACUGGCCCACGGACGAGACCGGCGAGCCGGUGACUGGCAAGGAGCUGGUCGCUGCCUCUGGCAAGAUGAUGAUGCUCGAGCGGCUUCUCGGCGCGCUGCUGCCGCGCGGGCACAAGGUGCUCAUCUUCUCCCAGUUCACCACGGUCCUUGACGUGCUGGAGAUCUGGGCGACUGAGCACCAAGGCCUUGAGGUGUUCCGCAUUGACGGCAACACUUCCGGCGACGACCGCGACGAACAGAUGCAGGCGUUCAACAACGAGGACAAGGUCAAACUGUUCCUGCUGACCACGCGCGCCGGAGGUCUCGGCGUCAACCUCGUCGCCGCGGACACGGUCAUCUUCUUCGACUCUGACUGGAACCCACAAGCAGACCUGCAGGCGCAGGACCGUGCCCACCGCAUCGGACAGAAGAAGCCCGUCUUGAUCUUCCGUCUGGUCGCCGGCAACACAUUCGAGCAGCGCCUGCUCAAGACCGCCACGGCCAAGCGCGAGCUCGAGAAGAUCGUCGUGGCCGAAGACAAGUUUCUCGGCGUGUCGGAGUCCAGCUUGGUCGGUCUGAGAAUGAAGGGCAAGGCGGCGACGCUGGUGGACUCGAUCCGCAAGCUCGAGGCAGAGAAGGUGCAGCUCGCGGUGCAGGGCGACGAGAUCAUCUCCGAUGCCAACCUGGAGAAGCUGCUGGACCGCAGCGAGGCGGCCAUGAAGCGCGAGCGCGGCUGGGUGUCGGACCGCAGCGGCAACGAGCUCAACGCGGACAACGCCGACGACGCCCAGAUGGCGUUCGAGGUCACCGAGCGGACACUGGAUGAGGACACUGAUCCCGCUCUCCGCAAGCUCUUUGGAGGUGCCGACACGGGCGACAAGCGUGACCAGCUCGAUGCCGAAUGAGCUCCGCACGGAUCCCACACGACGUCGACUCUGCCGACACUUCACGCUCCCUCUGUUCACGCUGCACCAUCUCUUUCACGAGUACAUCUGUCACGCUGCCCUUCUAUCGUUAUGCCAUCUAUUAGAGGUCCC